CAGCCGCAAAAGCUAACAAUCGCUCGGUAUCGGUCCCGGUCUUGUUGUAAAAGAAUAAAUAAACCAAAAAACCGCGUUCUUUUUAUCAGGCUCAAAUCUCCGGGGCUGAUAUUUGGACUUGGAGUCACCCGUUUUGAUUCUGCAGUGACAGUACCCGUGAGCACACGAGCGGCCUUGGCCGACGUCGCCCGGCGUUGACAGACAGCUGACGAGCUGCCUGGAAAACAUGUAAGGCUCGGACACGCACUCCGCGACCUGGUGCGCCGCCCGGGGGGACGCCACUUGCAGUGGACGCGUCGCCAGCGUCGCCAUGCUGAGAGCGCUGCUGCUCGCCGUCCUCCUGUGGGGCGGCCCUCCCGGUCGCCGCCAGGGAAGCUACUCCGCCUCCGCCGCCAAGUGGAUCAACUCCUUCGCGGGACCCUUCAUCCCCGUGAUGGGGCCGUUCACGGACUGCCUCGACAACAAGUCCGAGGACCUGGUCAAGCUGAACGUGAAGGUGUCCCAGCACCGCAACCGCCAGAUCGACUCGCAGACCCAGCUGCAGAAGAUAACCGGCAACGUCACCGUGGCCAUGCCCCUCACCAACAAGGGCUGGAUGUACCUGAAGGCGGCGUCCAGGAGCAACAACCAGUGGAAGGACAACGCGCACAUCCUCAAGUUCACCAACGGCAUGUGCAGGGCCACGGCGGAGAACAUGCCGGGCUUCGUGCGGUCCAUCUACAAGCUGGACCCGGAGAAACUCCUCAAAUCGCCGUGCGUCAUUCCCCCGGGAGUCUACCUGGCGGACGAGACCCCCGUCAACUUCACCGUCCCCAGGCUGCCCAUCUUCCAGUACGGCACCUGGCGCACCGAGAUCGGGUACAACCUCGGCACGGAGGCCAAGCCCAGGAACAUCAUGUGCUUCAUGACCGACAUCUACACCGUGCCCAAGCUGUAGAGUCGGUUGACAAUCAGCGUUGAAAAAAAAGGAGGUAGGGAAAGAUCGGGUUAGAAAGAAGUACUAUAGGUCACAAACAUUGUGUC